CUCAAGCAUCUGUCUCGCUCCCACUCGACUUCGCCGCUCGCACUCUCCCACGCCGCUCAUCAUGCCGCCCAAGAAGGAGAAGCAAGAGACUAAGGCCGCUGCGGCGCCUCCCUGGACGUCCGACCAGAACGCACUCCUCAUCGCGGCGGUGGCAGAUGUCGUCAUCGCUAACCGUCGGAGCCUGUACGACAAUCCCGGCCUUGAGCCCUGGCGUGCUAUCAAUCGCGGCAGCCUACUCAACGGUCGUCUGAUCACGCUGCUCAAGGCGGUCUGCUCGGCGCACGGAGCAGCGCACUGGCGUCCUCCCACCAAGGAAAAGGAAGAAGCAGACGCGGCGAAGCUCAAAGCGAGUCAGAGCAAGGCGCCCGCCAAGACCGGCAACGCAGCCUCAGCGAAAGCCGGCAGCAGCAAGGCGAAGGCCAUAAAGGAGGAUGAUGGCAGCGAGGAGGAAGAGAAGCCCAAGCCCAAGGUGACGGCGGCGCAGAACAAGAAGGCCAUGACCGAAGCGGCGCUCGCCGCCGUGUGCGCCAGCAGCACGACGAUCGACGACGACGAGGACGUGCCGCCUCCACCGCCGCCUCGUGCUCCCAAGAAGGAGGCCAAGGCAUCUGCCAAGCCUUCGGCCAAGGACAUCGCGCCUUCGUCGUCCGAGGAGGAGGAGGAACAGCAAGCCGAAGCGAAGCCUUCGCCCGAGGUCGAGGUCGUCAUCGUCAAGAAGCCCAAGAGCAAGGGCAAGCCGGCGUCGAAGAAGGCCAAGCCCGCGACGCCCUCGGAGCCGGAAGACGACGACGAGGCCUCGAACUGCGCGGAAGGCACGCAGCACGCCAACACCGACAGCGAGGUCGAGGCGGUGCGCCGCAAGAUCAUCAAGAGCCCUGCGCCGGCCAUGAUCAAGGCGAAGAAGGCUGCCGCUGAGGCGAGCAGCAGCAAGGCCAAGCCCGAAUCGGCGAAGAGCAAGCCCAAAGCUACGAAGCGCAAGGCACGCACGCCGUCGGACGACUCAGACGACGGCUCGGCGCCGUACGAAGAGGCGCAGGAGUCGGCCGAGGAGGACGAUGACGACGCCUCGUCGCAGCACGACGUCGUCACGUCUGCCGAGAGCGAUGCACGCUCGACGCCCGACAGCGAGGUGGAGCGUCGUCAGAAGAAGAAGGCGAAGAAGAGCCGCUGAGCUGCUUCGACGUCGGCAGCCACCCGCUACCCGCUCUCACCCCGCUCUACACCCUCGACGCACGCCCUUGUGCCGACCGCUUCACACCAUCGCGACCCGUGCGUCGCGCGCGCUCACGCCCGAGCCAGGCCGUCUCUGUCUCCUCCUGCCGCCGUGGCAGUCUCAUCCCGUAACGACACGCUUCUUGACCUCGCCUGCGACUGCGUGCGCUUUGAGAGAGAUGUCUCGGCGAGCGGCGGAGGGAUGCAGGUCGCCGCGAGGGGCAGCCGUCAGGGGCUCCCAUGCGCGGCAUGUGGUGGAGAUGGACCCUCGGGGCCGCGGCGACGCG